CCUUGUCUUUUUUACUUUCGUUUUCUUUCUCUUUCCUUCUUUUUCUUUCUUUUUUUUACAUUUUCCUCGAUAAUUUUUAAUAGUUUCAAGGUUUCUAUAUAUAUCAUUUAAUUGUUUAUUUUAUUUUAUUUUUUAAACCUCUUACCUAAUAUAUCUUAAGUUCACAGCCCAACCUCCGUCUCCCCAUCCCUUCUCCUCUUCUCCUCCUUUCCUUUCCUUUUUUUUCUCUAAAAGAUGCAGCCAACAGUGGCUGUGCAGAGGCUGCGAGGACAUGGCCUCAAAGCAAAAAGCUUUCUCUGGCAACGCAUUCGGCGCAACUGGUGGCUCGACCGCACGUGCAUAAUCUUCCUUGUCACCACAGUGAUACUCUUUGGAAUCUCAUACUACUUCAUGAACAUCAUGGCCAACGUGGCAUCCCAGCGAAGUCGUCGUAUCGAAGACCAGCUCGGCUUCCGGCUCACCCUCCCCGAUGUUUUUUUUGAAUUCAUCGGGUAUAUCGAUAAACUAUGGAUGACCGACAUGUUCGACGCACUAAUGUUUAUCCCAACGGCGGCGCUGGUUAUUUUCCAUGAGCGGCCUUGGCGCGUGGUUUCCCGGCUGCUGCUCGCCUGGGGACUGGCGUCCUUGAUCAGAAUCACCACGGUGGCGAUCACCUCGGUGCCGGACCCGCGACCCAUGUGCGAAUACGUCGUCGGUAAUGUCUUCACCACCUUCACUAUGCACCGCUGCGGCGACGCUAUUUACUCCGGCCACACGCUAAUCUUUGUCAUCUGCGCAAUGGUCUGGUCAUCGUUUGCGCCGCGCAACUGGAUCGGCCGCCUGCUCACGGCGUUCGCCUGGGCACUGUGCCUUGCAGGAUCUCUGAUUGUCAUCGCCAAUCGCGCCCACUACACCAUCGAUGUUCUGCUCGCUUGGUAUAUUGCCCCGGGCGCCUGGUACACUGUCGCAUGGUUCUGGUAUUGGCAUGUUACGAGGAAGGGCCGGUUGCUUAAGAUUGAGUUUCCUGUGGAGGUCGGUCGGCAUAAGAACGCGGACUCUGAUGAGCUGUGUCAGAGACGCAGGAUGGAAUUGGGCCUUUUGCCUGAUGGCACGCCGUUUGAUCCGCUGGCUCUUUACUUGGCGGCAGGUGUCGGUAUGGCUCCACCAACUGAGCUGAUAGAUAUUGAGGCUGGCAGUUUCAGUCACAAUUUGGAGAAGAGCGGAAGCGCGAGUCCUGAGGAUAUCGAUGCGUUUGGUGCCCAGGGUCAUGCUGUCGACAUUGAUAGUAUGGGCGUCGAGGGUGCGCAUCAGGUGAAUGUUGCUGAUGCUGCUGCUGGGGCACAGCUUGAGCGCGUUUACUCGGAGGACUUUAAGCGAUAACUUUGUAUUGGUCUCCUCAAAGUAAAAAACAUGUAUUUUGUCGUUUUUUUAUUUAUGGUUAAUUCACACUUUUAUAUAUAUUUAAAUACAUUUGCUUUUUUUACAAGUAAAUGUUACGCCUAAGACGAGGAAGAGAAAGAGGGAAAAAGGCAUUGAAA